AUGUCAGAGGCGAUUACUGGAGUAAUCGCAGAGACGUGGAACAUGGAGACCACAUUAGGCGAGACGUUCGUCGACAUUUUCAUUCCAAUGUCGGCGGCUCUAGGCAUAGCGUUCGCUCUCUACCAAUGGGGCGUCGUGAGCCGGGUCAAGCUGACAGCGCCGUUGAGCGUGUAUGGCUUGGAGGAUGGACAGGCGGAUAACGUGGACCAGCAGAUCGCGGAGAUUCAGUAUGCCAUCUCAACCGGCGCGUCGUCGUUCCUAGCAACGGAGUACAAGUACCUAGCGGCGUUCAUGGCGUUCUUCAGCGUGCUCGUCUUCCUCUUCCUCGGCUCCGUCAACACCUUCAGCACGGCGUGGCAGCCCUGCCCGGACAACCCCUCACAGCUCUGCGCGCCCUCGCUCGCCAACGCAUUCUUCACCACUGUCGCGUUUAUUCUCGGCGCGCUCACGUCGACGCUGUCCGGAUACCUAGGAAUGAAGAUCGCCACUUACGCGAAUGCGCGCACGACAGUGGAGGCACGGCGCGGAAUCGGCCCAGCCUUCGUGGUAGCCUUCCGUUCAGGCGCAGUGAUGGGCUUCCUGCUGGCAGCCAACGGGCUGAUCGUGCUGUUCAUCACCAUCGUGCUCUUCCGCCUCUACUACGGCGACGACUGGGCGUCGCUCUUUGAGACCAUCACGGGGUACGGGCUGGGCGGCUCCAGCGUCGCGCUGUUCGGGCGCGUGGGCGGGGGGAUCUACACCAAGGCGGCGGACGUGGGCGCGGACCUGGUGGGGAAGGUGGAGCGGAACAUCCCUGAAGACGACCCAAGGAACCCAGCGGUUAUCGCGGACAACGUGGGAGACAACGUGGGGGACAUAGCAGGCAUGGGCUCGGACCUCUUCGGAUCCUUCGCCGAGUCCACCUGCGCGGCGCUCGUCAUCGCGUCCAUCUCCUCCCUGGGCCAGACGCACAACUUCACCGCCAUGUGCUUCCCCCUCCUCGUCUCCGCGCUCGGCAUCCUCGUGUGCCUCUUCACCACACUCUUUGCCACUGACUGCUUCCACGUCACCGAAGCCCGGCAGGUAGAACCCCAACUAAAGGCGCAGCUGCUGAUCAGCACCGUGCUGAUGACGCCGCUCGUGCUGGGGCUAUGUUACCUGGCGCUGCCCUCGUCGUUUACCAUUGUGGUGGCGGGCGAGGAGGCGGACAAGACGGCGCAGAACUGGCAGAUCUUCUUCUGCGUGGCGUCGGGGCUGUGGGGCGGGCUGCUGAUUGGAUAUGUUACCGAGUACUUCACCAGCCAUGCCUACUCCCCUGUAAGAGAUGUAGCAGACUCGUGCCGCACGGGAGCAGCCACCAACAUCAUCUUCGGGCUAGCCCUCGGCUACAAAUCAGUAAUAGUGCCCGUGUUCGCCAUCGCGGUGGCCAUCUACCUCAGCUAUGCCAUCGCCGCCAUGUAUGGGGUCGCGCUGGCCGCCCUGGGCAUGCUCUCCACGCUCGCUACCGGCCUCGCUAUUGACGCGUACGGGCCGAUCUCGGACAAUGCCGGGGGGAUUGCGGAGAUGGCAGGGCUUGGGGCGGACGUCAGGGAGAGGACGGAUGCGCUGGAUUCUGCUGGGAACACCACUGCUGCCAUUGGCAAGGGCUUUGCCAUUGGGUCAGCAGCGCUGGUGUCGCUGGCUCUGUUUGGAGCGUAUGUGAGCCGCGCGCAGGUCACCAACAUCCUCAUCACCAACCCUCAGACUUUCGUGGGGCUGCUCGUAGGCGCCAUGCUGCCGUACUGGUUCAGCGCCAUGACAAUGAAGAGCGUGGGCAAGGCAGCUCUAGCAAUGGUGGACGAGGUGCGGCGGCAGUUUGACACCAUCCCGGGCCUCAUGGAGGGCACCGCCCGCCCCGACUACCGCAAGUGCGUGCAGAUCUCAACCAAGGCCUCGCUCAAUGAGAUGCUGCCACCUGGCGCGCUCGUGCUGCUCUCGCCAAUCAUCACCGGGACUCUCUUUGGGACGGCGACCCUGGCAGGGCUCCUAGCAGGAGCGCUGGUGUCGGGGGUGCAGAUGGCGGUAUCGGCUAGUAACACGGGUGGCGCGUGGGACAACGCGAAGAAGUAUAUCGAGGCGGGGAUGUCGGAGCAUGCACAGUCGCUGGGACCCAAAGGGUCAGAGGCUCACAAGGCAGCGGUGAUUGGAGAUACAGUCGGUGAUCCGCUCAAGGAUACGUCUGGGCCGUCGCUGAACAUUCUCAUCAAGCUGAUGGCUGUUGAGUCGCUGGUGCUGGCGCCGUUCUUUGUGGCGCACGGUGGGCUGAUUUGGGGCAAGUCCAAGUGA